GUAUCUCGGUCGCCACCAGGAGGCGCGCGUGAGAAGCAGUUACUGUUGCCGUCAUUCUCAUCCACUACCUAGUUUUUCUUUUUUGCAUUUUGGUAGGAAGUUGGCUGUAAAAUUUAUUCUUGUAAUGGCUGCCACGCUAAAUGUGUAGCUUAAUGGUUAUGUCAUGUAUAUAGAAUCAGUGUUCAUGUGUGGAAUUGAAAUAAUUCAACAAGUGUUUCGAACAAUGAUCUUAUGAAAGCAGCUUAAUCUCAAUCUCCCUGGAACGUUUCCUCUUUCAUGUUUCCUUUUUUGGCAAUUAAGUUAUGGACUCGGCGUUUGUGUACUGUAUGUUAUAAAAACAUUAUCUAUGCACUGUGAUAAGUGUUCGUAUGAACCAUAUUGAGUGCCAAGUGCUUUGUCACUAGUUAAAAUGACGGAUACGCGGUCGUCAUCGGCUCUUUUCAAGCGAGCGGAGCAGUUGAAAAGAUGGGAGGAAUCCGACACCAACAAACAGUCGCCGAUGCCCAAGCGGGCGUCGAGAAUCCAAUUUUCUUCAGGAAUAGUGUUUCUGGCGGCCUGUACGGCUGGAGACAAGGAUGAAGUACAACGGCUGUUGAAAAUGGGUGCAGAUAUCAACACCGCGAAUGUAGAUGGCUUGACAGCACUUCACCAGGCGUGCAUUGACGACAAUCUUGAUAUGGUGGAGUUUCUGGUGAAGAAUGGCGCGGACAUCAACCGGGGUGACAACGAGGGUUGGACUGCGUUGCAUGCCACCGCCUCCUGCGGGUUCCUUAGCAUAGCCAGGUUCCUUCUGGAGAACGGUGCUGAUGUGGGCGCUGUGAACUAUGACGGUGAGCUGGCCGUUGACAUAGCCGAGAGCGACGAAAUGGAGGAACUAUUGCAGAAGGCUAUUGACGAAAAAGGAGUUGACUGUGAGAAGUCUCGCAACGCUGAAGUAGAUACUUUACUAAAUGAUGCCAGGAACUGGGCUGCCAAUGGCUACGUCGAAGUGAGGGAUCCGAAGACUGGGGGCACGCCAUUACAUGUCGCCGCUGCUAAGGGUUACAUUGAGGUUGCAAAAAUGCUUCUAGAAGAGUGCAAGGCGUCGCCCGAUAGUGUGGACUACGAGGGAUGGACUCCGCUACACGCGGCCGCUCUCUGGGGCCAGAAGGAUGCUGCGGCGUUGCUGCUCAAGUAUGGCGCCGACCCACAGCUCAACAACUACUCGGGUCAAACGUGCAUGGACCUGGCAGAUCCGAGUAUAUCGGCGUGGCUCUCGGAGGCCACACUGAAGGUGCCGCGGCGCGUGAACAAUAACAACAACAAUAAUAACAACAAGCGCAAGCGCAGCCCGCCCCGCCACGACGUCAAGAGGGUCGAACUCGAAAUCACGGGACAGACAGACAAUAAUGUUAACGACAAGCCGCCGGCCGCGCCCGAUAUCAUAACAAAGAUAUCUGACGGGAAGCCGCCAAAGGGCCGGGCGCCGUCGCCCGAAUCCACCGAGAACACUGAAAACGUGGCCAUGGAAGACGCGCCUUCGUGGCGCAGAUCAGCCUCCUUUAGGAACCGACAACCCGACCCUGCCAGAGAAAACAAAUCCGCCAAUAACAAUACAGUGACAGUUGACAACGAGACAAUAUUGAGGAGGACACACAGUUUUGAAAAUGACAAAACAACACGCCUCGACAGAGUGAGCUUGUUAAUAAGCAGAUUUGAUCGCUCAAGGUCUAAAAACUCUGGGAUAUCGAUGGAUGAUUUCUAUCAGCGGUAUCGCGACGUGACGGCGCGCAUAAAGGCGUCCUCUUGCCCGUCGAUACCGCCGCUCCGCUCACCGCUCCGCUCGACGCUCGCCGCCAUGGAGCUCAGGAUAAAGGAGACUAACAAUGCGGAGAGUACUAACGCCGAUGUGCAGACCAGAGUUAGCCCUACGGACAGAAGGGACAGGGAUGCCAACACUUGGACAGCGCCAUCUACAACAGCCGGACACACUAAACCGAACACAACUAUACAGACGACGGUUCGAAGCAGCUCCUCUGAGAGCGUAGAGUCGCAGUCUAACAGUAGUAACUCGACGCCGAGCGCCGCGACGCCCACCAAACUGUCACCGGGGAACAUUUUCAAGAAUUUCUUCAAGUCUUUCGUACCCCCGGUCCGUGAUGAGGAGAGUGAAACGCAGAGGAAAGCACACGCGAAACGGGUACGGGAGACCAGGCGCUCCACACAAGGAGUCACCCUGGACGAAAUUAAAUCAGCCGAGCAGUUGGUGAAGAAAAAAGCCGGCAAUGGCGUCGCGGAAAGCCCCACACUCCCCAAUCAGAAAAAGGAAGAUACACUAGUAUCUAAUAGUCCCGACAAUGGAACCGCGCGCGGCGGCGACGUGGCGGUGACGCUAGCGUUGGCGUGCGCGACCGCAACCGCAACCGCUACCAUCGCGGCCAACAGCGAGCGCCGGCCCUCGUGGCGGCUGCGCCUCGACCCCACUAAUAAGUUUGAAUUGGAGGAUGCGGGUCGGUCGUCGCCCCGCCCUGGAUCCGCCACAACAUCGCCGGCGUCGACAACGGUCACGACGGUGUCGUCGACGAUCACGACGGCAGCCGAGGCGACGGUCACGUUGCCACUUCGGCGCCCCCCUGCUGCCUCCACGGUCAAUACCACCUCCACACCAGCCAAGGAAGAGAAGGAGAAAGGUGAGGAGGAAAAAGAGCGAGAAAGCAGUAUUGAGAGUAAGAGCUCGAGUAAUCCGUCGCCGGCGAGCACACAGGCCGCGCUCAACGUCAUCCAGCGCCGGCGGCGGCCGAAGCGGCGCUCCACCGGCGUCGGCCAUGUGGACAUGGACGACAUCGUGAACGACCGCGGCGGGGGCGGCGAGGGCGAUGGUGACUCAGAAUCUCUCCAGUCUGGCAACGAACGCACAGAAGAAGGCGAAGAACGGGACUACAAGGCACUUUACGAGGCGUCGUCGAACGAGGUGCGGCGCCUGCGCACCUCGCAGGCUGAUGGCGACAAGGCGGAUGACGGCGACAAGGACUACAAGGCGUUGUACGAGGCGUCCAUGGUCGAGAUCCGCCGCUUGAGGGAGCUACUGGCGACCUCCGAGCAACAGUUGCGCGAUGCGCGUGCGACCAUAACAAGGCUCACGCAAGUGAAUCAAAAUUCAUUAUCUGAAAUUGAGAAGCGAGAAAAGCGAGCCAUGGAGAGGAAACUAUCAGAAAUGGAAGAGGAGUUAAAGCAAUUGCAAAAGUUAAAAGCCGAGAACGAAAGGCUGAGAGCUGAGAACCGAGCCCUAACGCGGGUCGUGAGCAAACUUACCAACUCUGCGGCAAAAUAGUUCCAACAGGCUCUUCAGGCCGAGAAUCAACGACUGAAGGACGAAAAUGGAGCGUUAAUCAGAGUGAUCAGCAAAUUGUCCAAGUGAAGGUCUACCGCGGCUCAGGUGACCUAAACCAGAAGCCAAAAAGCCGACAUAACAUUUUAAAACUGGCUUUUAUGCCGUUUCCAAUGAUACUGCCAAAUCGAGCACCUAAAAAUUAUACGCGACACGACUAUGAAUAGUCUAUACAAUACAAAUAGAGCUCCGCGAAUGAUGUAGACGGUGCGUAAUCGAUAUUUCUUUGCCUUUUAUAACACCUCUUUGUUAACCAGUGUGCAUAGUGCGACUUUGCUAUUUGUAUCUCACCAUCGAGUCGCAGCAAACCAAUCACAGUGUGCCAUUGUGACGGAACGACAACCACACUGCAAUGUGAUUCGUUCGCUACGUCUCACUUCGAAUCAAUUCGAUAGUGAGAAGUGAAAUACAAAGUUGCACUUCGCCCUCUGGUAUGUCACUAUCGAUGAAAUUGAUGUAUUUAGACUACCACUCACUUGUGCAACGCUAGUCGAGAACAAUAUAAAUUAUAUGCGUGGCUCCGCGCCGCCGGAAUACAAUCUCACAAUUAUUACGAUAGUCAAAGCGAGUUCUUGUAUUUAUAGUUUUAUUCCGAUACAUUCAUUUGAUGUGCCUUCAUUUAUAAUAUUACGUACUUAUUUCCUAUCUUAUUAUGUACUUAGAUAAGGGAAUACAAAUAAAUCGUCUACAAAACAAUGACGUCUCCGCCAAAUAUGAGGAUGGUGAUUGUGUUUUAUAAAUAGCGAUGUUCUCCUAGUUUCCUUUGUGUUGAUAUUUUGGUGUAUUCCUAAACUAUGUAAGUGUAAAGUGGGAUAGAUAAUAUUCAUAUUUACUAUGAUCCCUGCCAGCGGCGUAUGUAUCUAUAUGUACUUUAUUUAAUUUUAUGAAUUUCUUUUAAGUCAAAAUGUUAUGAAUUGUAGUUGUACUAUAAUCUCAGUUCGAGCAUUAACAAUGAUAUAAUUUUUGAUGUAAGAGAUACUUUUUUUUAUAUAAUUUAUCAAAACGAACAUUAUUAUCUUCGGACUUUCAUAUUGUAUAAAUUAUAUGUAGCCUGUUUAACUUAGCGAUUCUAAAAUUUUACAUUAAAGUUUUAUUUAUUUCCAGAAAUAAGAGUAAAAUGUAAUAAACUUAAUACGUUAAUUUA